GUUCAAAAAGAAAAAAACCUAUGAACAUGAACUAAAAACUAGAUUGAAUAUUUCAUUCGUAGGCUAUUUGAAGCUUUUUAGUCUGAUACUUGUUUUGAAUAUAGUCGAUCCAUCUUCUCCACUCCAGUACAGAUCUUUCAUUUGAAUGGUCUUUCAAAUACGCUGAAAUUUUUGCCAUCUCUGCCAAGUUCCCUACGCAGCCCUCCUGAGCUCCAUUAUUGUUGGCAGAGGCACUGCAGGCUGGUCCUUCGCUGUCUCCAGCACUGCCCUGCGAGUUUAACACCCCUGCCCUAGACCAAACUGGCUCUAAUUUGCCAUCAGUUCCUUUGUUGAUGAGGAUAUACAAGAAAGGCAGUUGUGUUGCUUCCUUCUUCCCUUGUGUAUUUUAUUCUUUUGAAGAUACAGUAUUCAUAUGUCUCUAGAAAAGAACUGUGCCAGACUAAAAACUGUUUGCGUAAUUGCAGAUAUACUCUGUGAAUAAUUAAGGAGGAGAUGUUUUAACCCCUUUCCUGCCAACCAAACUCUUCAAGCUCCCAUUCCUUCUUUGUUCUCUGGAAAGCAGCCCCUCCCUUUUGGCAAUCCAGACUACAUUUCAACACAAUAGGCGUUCAAAAAUGGCAGCGCCUUGCAUGGCUGCGGCUGCUUCGACCCUCAAGAGGGUUGGGGUUUUGUGGUCGAAAGUGCCAUCCGGCUUGAAUGAUUCUUUGAGGAUUGUGACCACAAAGCAGAAUUAUAUUUCCGAACUGUUCCAAGGCCAUCAGUCUAUAUUGGAUUCGGGGAUUUUUAUCAAAAGCGGAACCGUUGAUAAAGCUGUUCUGGAUUCUAUACUUGGUGCUGCAAUUGGCCUGGGGGUGGCAGCGGUAGGCAUCCCGGUCGCAGUUGGCGUUGCGGGUUUCACUGGCACAGGAAUUAUGGCUGGUUCAAUUGCCGCCAAGAUGAUGUCUACUGCCGCCAUCGCGAACGGAGGCGGAGUGGCUGCUGGCGGUUUGGUUGCCACCCUGCAGUCCAUUGGGGCUGCAGGGGUGCCAACUGCUGUGUCAGCAGCAACAACAGCCACAGGAGCAGUGCUGGGAGCCUUAAAGGACGUUUACGGUUGAGGGGCCAGAGAAAACACACCUCUUCUCCAUAACAUUAGCUGACUUGUCAAAGGUCUCUAAAGAGAAACCUGCUUGAAGGGGAAACAGCUGUAUCUUCAGAGUCCUUAAACUAUUUUAAUUUAGCCUGCUUUCUUAUGGACUUGUUCAACUGCUUUUCUUGCUGUAAUAAAAAAUACCUUAAAAUUUU